UCUGAGUUCCGGUGUAAGAGAAAAGAGACGUGGCGAAAUUGCUGUAUAUCUCUGCCCUAUAAGCACAUCUCUCAUUUAGACUGAAGGGAAACAAGGCAUCAAAAAGGCUGCGCAAACCAUGCAGGAUGAUUUACUGAUGGACAAAAGCAAAGCCCAGCCCCAGCAGCAGCGGCAGCAGCAGCAGCAGCAAGAUCCAAACUCAGCAGAAGCCCCCUCUACACCCAUCUCGUCGGAGACACCCAAACCAGAAGACAACAGUGCAGUGACUAGUAUCGGCACAUCGGCUCCUUCCCAAAAUAGCAAGGAGAAGAUGCAGAUGGAGUCUCCCAUUUUGCCUGGCUUGAGCUUUCACCAGCCUCAACAAGAACCUGCAGCCGGCACCUCCUUGUCUCCCUCGUUUGGCAGCACCUGGUCUACGGGGACCACAAACACGGUGGAUGAUAGCUUUUUCCAAGGGAUUACUCCAGUCAAUGGGACAAUGCUUUUCCAGAAUUUUCCACACCAUGUCAACCCUGUAUUUGGUGGCACUUUCUCACCUCAGAUUGGCCUAGCUCAGACUCAACACCACCAACAUCAGCAGCAGCAGCAGCAAGCUCAGCAGCAGCAGCAGCAGCAGCGGAGGUCACCUGUGAGUCCUAACCAGGCACCUUUCGCCCAGAGAAAUGCUGCUUACAGCCAUCAGCCCAUCAUGACCAGCAAACCGUCUUCCUCCUCUGCCUCUUCUUCUUCCUCCUCCAGCUGGAAUAACCAUCAAAACGCGGCUUGGAGUACACCUUCCAACCCUUGGGGUGGGCUGCAGGCUGGUAGGGACCCUCGAAGGGCAGUUGGAGUGGGGGUUGGCGUGGGAGUGGGAGUCGGCGUGCCCUCCCCCCUCAAUCCCAUUUCACCCCUUAAAAAACCCUUCUCCAGCAAUGUCAUUGCCCCUCCGAAGUUCCCACGGGCUGCACCCUUAACCCCCAAAUCCUGGAUGGAAGACAACGCGUUCAGGACGGACAACGGCAACAAUCUGUUGCCUUUUCAGGACCGGAAUAGGCCCUAUGACACUUUUAACUUGCACUCUUUGGAAAAUUCCUUAAUGGAUAUGAUAAGGACUGAUCAUGAGCCUCUGAAAGGUAAACACUACCCUCCCAGUGGCCCACCAAUGAGUUUCGCUGAUAUAAUGUGGAGGAAUCAUUUUACAGGGCGUAUGGGAAUAAACUUCCAUCAUCCAGGAACAGACAAUAUUAUGGCUCUUAACACCAGGAGCUAUGGGCGGAGAAGAGGUCGGUCUUCACUGUUUCCUUUUGAGGAUGGCUUCCUAGAUGACAGCCAUGGGGAUCAGUCAUUGUCCUCGGGCCUCAGCUCUCCGACGCGCUGCCAAAACGGGGAACGAGUGGAACGCUACUCUAGGAAGGUGUUUGUUGGAGGGCUCCCUCCUGACAUUGAUGAAGAUGAGAUCACUGCCAGCUUUCGUAGGUUUGGACCUCUUGUGGUGGACUGGCCUCACAAAGCUGAAAGCAAGUCAUAUUUUCCACCUAAAGGUUACGCCUUUCUGCUGUUCCAGGAAGAAAGCUCUGUACAAGCUCUGAUAGAUGCCUGUCUGGAAGAAGAUGGAAAACUUUACCUAUGUGUGUCAAGUCCCACAAUCAAGGAUAAACCAGUGCAAAUUCGACCUUGGAACCUAAGUGACAGUGACUUUGUGAUGGAUGGGUCUCAGCCUUUGGAUCCAAGAAAAACAAUCUUUGUUGGAGGAGUUCCACGGCCUCUCCGAGCUGUUGAAUUGGCAAUGAUUAUGGACCGUUUAUAUGGAGGUGUCUGCUAUGCUGGCAUUGAUACAGACCCAGAGCUGAAGUACCCCAAAGGUGCUGGCAGAGUGGCUUUCUCCAAUCAGCAGAGCUACAUUGCUGCUAUCAGUGCUCGCUUUGUCCAGCUCCAACACAAUGACAUUGAUAAACGGGUGGAAGUGAAGCCAUAUGUGCUGGAUGAUCAGAUGUGUGACGAAUGCCAGGGCACUCGCUGUGGUGGGAAAUUUGCUCCAUUCUUUUGUGCCAACGUUACCUGCUUGCAGUAUUACUGUGAAUACUGCUGGGCCAGCAUACACUCUCGUGCUGGGCGGGAGUUCCACAAACCACUGGUAAAGGAGGGAGGCGACCGGCCCCGCCACGUCCCGUUCCGCUGGAGCUGAACCCCGGCCGCAGCCAGCAAGAAGUACUGGAGUAAAUAAAAUUGAGUGAAAAGAGAGCGCUGCCUCAGGGCUUAGUGUUCUGGAAAUCUGUGCAUUCGUCCUCGACUUUAAUGAAGAUAUGGGUCUUUUAUUACUAUUAUUAUUAUUUACAGUCACAUUACUGAACUCAGUGUCCAGUAUAAUACAAACCGGCAGAGUGUAACUGUACUGAUUUUGCACUUUGAUUCACACAAACAUCUGCUUGGUACCUUAAUUUCCUACACAAGACUUGUCACUAGUGACAUUAUGUAGACUGCCAUUCUCAUCAGUCUUCAUGGGCUGAUGCGUAUGUGAUGAAGAUUUUUUUAUUGUAAUUAUAAUUAUUUUUAUUUUUAAACUGGAGCAUGCACUUAUUUUCAGAAAUUUAGACUUGCCCCUAGCAGAUGACUUACCAAAGGUAAUAUUCACGAGUAGGUGGCAGAUGUAGCAAAAACUUAAACAGAUAUUCAGCAAUCAUUAGUUUGGGUCAUUUAGAAUAGUAAUAACCCUUAAAGAAAAUAAGCCUUUAGUUGCUCUCGAUUUUGACUUGUAAGGAUGAUACCUCAUAAGCUGGAUCAGACUUUUUUCUUUUAUUUUGCUGAGGGGUUUUUUUUUGUUUGUUUGUUCUGUUUUGUUGGGUUUUUUUUGUUUUGUUCUGUUAGGUCUUUUAGUGUUAUGUAAAUGUAUGCUGCAAUAGCUUUUGCUGCUAUUAAAAUGGUAUUACUAAUACCAUAAUACUCUAUUCAGGCUAGGGUAUCAAUUAAAAAUGAAUAUGUGAUUAAAAUAGUGAUGGCUGCUGAAAGGAGAUCAGUAUAGCAUACAGAAAAGCUUCCAAGGAAGGUCAAUAUUUUUUGACUGCAUGUUUACUUAAUCAGGUUGCUGCAUGCAAUAAAUUUUAUAUAUGUCUAAUAUAAAACCUGCCCACAAUGCACAAAUUAUGAAUCUACGUAGGCUACAAAAUGCUCAGUAACAAAAAAAAAAUUGAUUACUGACUGGAGGAAGGCAUGCCUCAGUAAAUGUAAUGCUUCUGAAAUUAGGAUCAGCCCAUUACAGAAUGACCUAUAUUACAACAAAUAUAAAAACUAGCUGUAGGAUAUUCUUAAAAAAAAUUUGUGGAUGGUAGAUGAAGUACUUUGCGGUGCUCUGUUAUAUAUCGUGCAAUUUAUUUUAUAUAGUAAAGUGAUUAUGUCUAGUACUGUGAUCAAACUUAACUGUUAAAGCCUCUGUAUCUGACAUUAACACAUUUUUGACAGUUCAUAACAGGUACAUAAACAGAAAUGAGCUCUUAGUUACAAUCUCUUUCCUAAUGCUUGCAUCAUUUACGUAGCUGCAGACCUUGUCCAGAAAACCAAAGAGCUCAUGCUGGCGUACAUACACUACCGAUUAGAUAGUCUGUCAAAUACUAACCUAGGCACAUUUAAGGAAGUUAGGAAACAAAGUGGUGCUAAAGAAAUGUCUGCAUAUUAAAGUAACAUGAGAUGUCUGCUCUGUGGAUGUGGCGUUAUCUCUCUAAUCCCUGGAUGUAUCCUGUGAAGCUUGAAUACAAUUAAGACCUGCUAACACAGUGGACAUUUUUUUAGCAUGAACUAUGGGGCUGCAGAUAGCAUAUAAAUAUAAACACACUUGGUAUACUAAUGAUUGUGAGAAUGUGUACACUAUUUUUUUUUCUUUUUCCUCCUUUGUUUUUGCAGUUCUGGGGACAAUCUGACUGGAUAUGACACCGCAUAGUAGAUUUAAAUGUUCUGGGUUUUGUUUGUUGUGAUGUCCUUCUUUGUGUCUAAUUUAGUAAGUUGGUUUUCCCGAUGUUUAGUUGCAAGUAUUGGCUUUGAAAGGAUUUUUUCUGUUUUUGGAGAAAAAAAAAAGAAAAAAUAGUUUUUUACUGGUUUAAAAUGCUUAUUAUAAUUAUCCCUUUUGAAGUUACUUCUGGGCGGUUUUGUGAUAUUGCUUUUCCCAGCCCAGGUGUCUUUUCUGUUUUUUUUCAUCUGUACAAGACAUUUUGUUAUGCACUACUUUUUGUAUCUAGACAGUUUUCAACAGUUGGCUGAUGAUUUUUUUUAAAGAAAAAGGCAUGCUUUCUGACUGACAUGAUCUUUUGCAAUACCUCAAUUUUGAAAUAUAGGAAAGAAAAUGAUAUUUUCUAAGUAAGUUUAUUCAGAAAAAUAUAUAUUAAUUUAAUUCUGCAAGAAAAAUGAUUUAACAGAUGGGUAACUUUAUUUUUUUCAUGCUUAUUUGAGUUUUUUUGAAAAUGAAGAAGUUAGAGCUUUAUAACUGUAAUAUUAAAGAUCAUAGCUAACCUACAGAAGUCUACCUAAUUAUGUGAAAGAAGUAAACCUUUUUGAAGAAAUACCCCUCUUUCAUGUAGAAAAAUACUCCCAGAGAGAAAGAGAGCGAGAGCGAGAGAAGCUGGAAAAUGUACAAUAUAGCAUAAUGUUGGAUUAAAUCUGAAGCAAAAUCAUCAUAAAGAACAGGUGUAAACACAAACUCCAUUUGGUGCUGAAAGUUGUGAAUAGAAGGUGAAAAAAUAUUUUCCCUUAAUUUGUAUAUUUAUAAUCAAGUGUGAUUAUGCACGACUGACCAGAAUUGUGAGAGUUCUUCUGUUUGUAUUUUUUUAAAGAGAACUUUUUUUAGUUUAUUAAAUUAUGACAUGCUCCCUUUUGUUUUGUAAAUGAAUGUGCCCCUGAGUUGUUAAUAUGUUAUAUUAAAAGAGGGUCCUUCAAAAAAAGUUAUUUUUUAAAAUAUGGAGUUCUGAACUGCAACUUGACUAAGAAGCCCCUGGGUACAACAGGUCCUAUUGUGGCCUUUUCUGAUGUGAGACUUGAACUAGUCGAUUUUUUUGAAGGCUAACCUAACCUCGACUAUUUGUUGUUAUGUGCAAUACUGUUUGUACUGUUUGUAUAAAAAAAAAGAAAAAUGAAAAGAAAAAAGGCAUAAAUCUUUAUUGCAGAUUUAUUUUCAUUGCAGACUUUAGACAUUGUGAUUCACUAAAAUCAUUUUUCUACUGUCAAAUAUGUACCUUUUCUUCAUGCUGGUAUUUUUUCAAUAGUAAUGUAGCCUUUGUACUGAGACAAAUUUUCAUUGUUAUUUUUAGAAAGAUUUUUUGCUAAGAAAAAAAUUAAACAUAUUUACAUAUUUUUCAUUUUUAUUUCGUAUUUUCUUUAAGGAGUGCUUUCUCAACCAUUAAUAUAGUUGUUUCUGGGAGAGACUUUCAUAUCUGGUCAAUGUCAUUAAUAUUAUUUUGUAUUUUUACUUGGAAUAAAUUAAUUUUAUGAUGCUGAUUCUUUAAAAGUUUAUUUUUUUCAUUUUCAGUUAUUUUUGAAGCUAAAAUCUUUGUAAUAUUGUUACUAAAGUGUCUAGUUUUUUGAAAUGCAAAGCUUUAUGUAUUAACUUGCUGAUGUGGUUUACAAUAGUGUGGCAAUGAUGAAAAUGGUUGGUUAUGUAAAGUGAUUGGAAAAUUGUAACAAAGAAUUGGGCAAUAAAAUGACAGAAUGAAGCAGAAAAAA